GCACACGCCUCCCGCGCAUGCGCUCUGCCCCUCACCGGGCGCGUUUGGCCGUGGGACGGCCGGAAGCCGUGUGGGGCGCGGUGAUGGCGGCGCAGCAGCAGCAGGAGGUGGUGGUGCGGCUGCAGACCCUGACGGUGCAGCCCAACUCUGCCAGCGAAGCUCUGGGCGUGGAGGAGGAGCGGAAGUCGGCGAACUCUCCGACCCCCCCAGACGGUGAGAAGGGCGGCCCAGACCAGCCGCCCUCCGCCGAGGGAGCGCCCCCUUGCACGCCGCCCCCGGAGGCUCCCAGCGAGCCCCCUGCCGCCGCCUCGGACUCGGAAAGUGAUACAGAUUCAGAUAGUUCAUCAACUACAUCGUCCUCCUCAUGUUCUCCUUCAGCAGUAUCUGAUGAUGAUGAUCAUCCAAAUGAGAAGGAUAACAGAACAUACUGUGUUAGAACAAAAGAUGAGUUGCCCCUUGAUGAACUGCCUCCUGUUGAAGAUUUAACUGUAAUUCUGCCUGAUAAUGUUGAACUGAAGCUUUUUGGGACAGUUUCCAGUAUCAUUGAACAGCUAGUAAUAAUUGAAUCUCUGAGAGGCCUACCUCCAAUAAAUGAGGAAAGCAUAAUUUUUAAAGAAGAUCGGCAAGCAGCAGGAAAGGUAUUUGAGGUAUUUGGUCCUGUUCAACAUCCCUUUUAUGUGUUAAGAUUUAACAGCGCUGAACAUAUUAAAGCAAAAGGUAUUAAUGUGCAAGACAACAUGUACUUUGCUCCAUCAGUGGAGGACUUUACCCAGUACAUAUUUGCAGAGAAGCUACAACAGGAAAAAGGGUCAGAUGCAUCUUGGAAGAAUGACCAAGAACCACCACCUGAGGCCUUGGACUUCAGUGAUGAUGAAAAAGAAAGAGAGGCAAAACAAAAGAAGAAGAAGCCACAGAGUCAAGGAAGAAAGAAAGUCAAAACAGAUACAAAUGCAUCAAGUGAGUAUAAAGGACUUCAGCAAUCAGUGCAACAGCCUGCUUCAAGUUAUUCAAGGGGUUACCAUGACAGAAGAUUCUCUGGGGAUCCAUUUCCUUCUCCAUCAGGACCUUCAGGAUUUCCUAGACCACCCAUUAGACCACUCCAUCUAUACUCUUCAGACAGCAGGAUACAUCAGGAGUCUCCAGUGUUUCCACAACCUCACAGAAAAGAACAUCCAAUGAUGCAACAGUAUCCCUUUCCUCCUCCAGUUUUUGGUUCUGUUAAUGAGAUGCAUCAGUUUCACCUUCCGCCUUUAAAUCCAAAUAUGAUUUGGACAGGCCCAAAUGUGUACAACUCAUCGUAUCCAUUUUUGCCGCCUCCGCAGCCACCGCCUCCACCUCCUCCAGAUAGCCAUCCUUCUCAAUUCAGGCCUUACUAAGUUUCCAUAAACGUGCAUAGAAUGUUGCAGCUUAAGGGGAGGAAGAACAUGUUUGCUUGUUUUAGAGAUGGUUAUUUUUUUCUGCAAGAAUGAAACAAGAGCAGAGUUUAAUACUUUGUGGGAUGCCCACAAAAUAUUUUUUUCUAUGUUCUUUUUGUUUCAAAGAAGAAAACUGUAUAGUAAAAAAUAAUUGAUUAUCAAAUAAUGGUUUAUUUUUAUAAUUUCUACCACCUUAGGAUGCUAACAAAUAAACAUUUUUUGGAGACUGCCAUGUUCUGGUUGAAAUCUGUUCUGUAAUGAAUUGAAUUUUAUGUAACUAAUGUUUUGUGGUAAUCAGGGAUAUUUGGCAUAGUUGUUUUUAUUAGUCUUAGAUCAGUCAUACUGCUAUGCUGAACUAUCUCUUUAUUUUGGCAAAUUUUAAAAUUAUUUAUAUGGAAAAUAAAAAUCAGACCUGAUUUUUAAUCUAGAUCUAUCUUUUGUUUAUAUAAGUUAUAAAUGCCUGUUAUUCAACGUCUAAAACCUUGUUAAUUUCAUGUUAACUGAAAGAAUGCAGCUGGAUUGUAUGUUUUAAUUGGCUAGAGUAGCUAGAUCGGAGUUUGAACCAGGCACUAAAUUAGUUGGUCAGAUCUAGUGUCCUACAAUAGCUAUAGGAAGACAACACUGAAACCUAUUGACUAGGAAACUUUGAAAUGAAUAUUAGGAUGUAACUGCAUAGAGUGGGAAAAUUAAAGGCCAUGGUAAUUUCUGUAGGUUGUUCUUAUGCUUAUUGCAGAAAUGCUAAUGGAUGCAUAUAGGUUUUUGUCAGCCUUUUUAAGAAGGAAUCGUCAGACCUUAGAGAGACAGUAUAUCAUUUCAAAACCUCAUUGAUUGCAUUUUGGACACAAAAGGUAUGUGGCACUGGAUUGGCUAGGUUUUUCCAGAUUGCUUCUGGGAAGGGGUAUAAUUGUCAACCAGAGGCAACUUGGAACAAACUUCCUGGCCAAAGUUGCAGUUCUGCAGUUUCUUAGUUUACAAGGAAGUGGCACUGACUGACUAGAAUAGAGAACUUUGCUCUGCAUGAGGGGGGGCAGGAUCUUAAAGGUGGCUUUUUUCACAUUGAAAAUAUCAUUAAUAGUUAUAUAAUUGAACAGAGUGUUUAGACUUGUUUCUAUUCUCAGACUCUGGCCUCAUUAGGUUCUUUGGAUAAAUGUUUAAAGGCUAAUUAAGCUCUGCAGGUAUUGUUUUUAUCUCUAAAUCCAGAUAAGAAUGAAGCAAAACUCUCUCUUAUAGAUGAGGUACUGUCAUGUAAGGAGGCUGUUAAAUCUGAAAUUAAUUCAUAAUUUCUUUUACAUACCGAAAUAAGUUCUCUAAUAUUUUUUUCAUAGAUCUUCAGCAGAGAAGGCUGCAUAAAUCUCAAAUAUGGUUGAUAGUAAACAGAAGGAAAGUUAUAUAAUAUAGCAGCAUCAAAUUCUGUUUCAGAACAGAAUUUGGUAGUUCGGUUCUUGUGGAUUUUUUUUGUACUAAGACUGUCUAGUAUUCAUUUGUUGUAAAUGCAUACAUGUUGUGAGGGAUGGAGGAGGUGAAUUUCCGUCUCUAAAUUUUAACCCAAGUAUUGCUAUUGGGAGUGUCAGGUGUUAAGCUUUGUAUUGAGUUCUCAAUAUAGCUACAGGUUAUAUCAGGUUUGGUUUAUCUGAGAUUGAAUGAAUUCAGCUGGAGUUUUGUUUUUUUACUUUGUUUAGCUGUAAAAGCAAAUUGUUAAUGACUGGAUGGAAAUGCUUAAUAUUUUAUGUAAUCUUAAUUGUACAGUAUACACACAGUUUCAGUGUAGCUAGUAGCAACAAGUAUUUAUUUUGUGUAGAAUGGGGUAUUUAUACUAAUGGAGUACAGUUCUGGUGUUCUGGAAGGGGCCUUGAGAUGUGGUCUUGCAGAAUGCGGUAUUGGGGAGUACUUAAGAUAUUAACAGAGAGCACAGGCUGGCAGUGGAAAGCCAUGGAUUGCAAACUGCUCUUGAAGCAGUACAGUCUUGGCUCUGGACAAAAUCAGUUUGGAAGAGAGCAAACAUAUAUAACAUGAAAUAUACCAUGCUCAGCAAAAUUACAUCUUUGUGUAUGUGCAGACAGAUGAGAAAAGAGCAAUGUGUUAUGACUGCGUGAGCAAACUUAGAAGUGAUUCCAGGUGGAUGGUAGAUUGAAGAAGCCUUCAUCAUCAUAUAUGGGAUGCUGCUGACUUGCUGUAUACCAUUGGCCAAAACCAUCUGUCAGCCCUAAGAUCUAAAGAAGUAGUUGAGGAAAUGUAUGGUCAGGAAGAAGAGUGAGACAAUGGAAAGUAUGUGUGCACUAAUAUUAACUGUUACUACAAUAGAGAUUUUCUUUUUAAUGUAUAGUACUGUUCAUUUCUUUUUUCUGCAGUAAUUUGAUCUGGAUUAAUUUAAGCUGUUGAGAUUUCAGUUAUAUAAAGUUCAUCCUGUUUCCUCAUAAAGAUUUUGCAUGGAAAAAUACAUGCAUGUAUAAAAAGCUGUUACACGGUGUAGUAGAGUUUUGCUAUGCUUUAAGCUCAGUUUUUAGGGCUUGGAUAUCAUCUGCAGUACUGUUUUUUUGCAUGCAUGUGUGUUUGUUGAAACAAAUCUCAUGAGUGUUCUGUCACGCUGCAGGACCUUUGCUUGGAAUUCACUUUUAGUUCUUCAUGAUAAAAUUAUUUGAGAGCCAGGUACUGUCGCUGAGUUUGAAAUAUAUAAUGAAAUAUGUUGAAAUACUUUUUUGUAUCUAACCAGAUUUUUUUUUUUUUUUUUUUUUUGCUGUAGGGCUUUAAUGCUUGUAUGCAGCUUACAGUUACUAUUGCUAUUACAGACACACUAAGACAAAGGCUUAAAAUGUUUUCCUUCUGUCUGGCUAUUGAUGGCAUCCAGUCCUGAUUCUUAUUGGGAACUCACUGUAGUUUGUAAGAUAGCUGGUAAAUUUAUGAUAAAAUGCUGUGGUUUUUUGUUUGUUUGUUUUUUUCCAGUUUUGUUUUGUAGCUUCUCCUCCUCAAAUGUGAGUGGAGCACUGUCAACAUCAGAGAAGUUUUUUGUCCUGGGCAGUUUCAGUAGGUGCCGAAAGAAGUCUCAGUAACUGCUGGGCUUUGGGCUGUGAGGGGUCAGCUGCAAGUCUUUAAGUAAUGAUUUUUAGUAGGCCAGUACUUUUUGUUCUCUGUUUAUGACUAAUACCUGUUUUCAGAUUUAGCCUGGAGAGCUGCAAUAGAGUUGUGCCACUUCUGUAACGUUUUUUGUUAUUCCUUCAUAGGAUUUAAUGUGUCUUUGUGGGCUUCACUGUAUAGUGAAGGCUUAAAGCAUGGGUUUUGUGGAGAGCAGGAGACCAGAAAGUCAAGGAAAAGCAGAGGCUUAGGGAGAAAGUUGGAUGCAAUUACUCAAAAGGUUGAGAUUUAUAAAUAUAUAAAUAUGAGUAUGGGUGUGGUAAACUAUUGUACUGUAUAAGUGGCUGUAACUAUGGUAACAUGGGAAAAUGAGAAGUGGAAUCACAUAGCUGAUGAUAUUGCUCUUUAACUUGGAAAUCAACAUCAGUGUUUUGCUGGCUGUUAAAUCCAGUUUCAUCAACAGCUGGUGGAAAAGGGUCAGGCUUUUGCUGGAGGUGGACAGCAAAGGGAAAAAAACAAGUUCUUUGAAGGAAAGUAUUGAAAGGUGCUUUGGGCUGGGGGAGAACUCACAUUGCUGUUGGUUGCUCAGAGAGGUGGAAAAUCUACCGAUUUUCCAGGAGGGCUUCACAAAUUGACUUUGGGCAAGUGUACAAGGCAGCCUCCCUUGCAGUGGAGAGCUGAGCCAGAGGGAACUGAGAGGGCCCUUUCAGCCUAAGUUAUUCUUGCUGCAGUCAUUCUGGCAUUUUGUCCUCUUACUAGAGACGUUGUCCAUAAAUACUAAAAGGCAUGAGUAGUCCAACCUGAAUAUCUGGUGUUCAGGAUGGCUGGCUUUUCAUUUGUACGAUUGUACUGUUUCAUUAUCCUGCAGGUACUUAUAUCUAAAACAUCCAUGCUGUGCUGAAAGUUGGACUUGCUGUGGAAGAUAAUGACUGCUAUUUCACUGGAUGUAAGCUGAUUUGAAGAAUUGUUUCUUUAUUAGUUGUUUGGGAACUAAUGCUAAUGAGAGUCUCAGUUGCUGUCAUUUUCUCUUAGGGGGUAAAACAUUUUGUACUGUGUGAUUUAUUUUGAGAAUGGUGUAAUGAAUAACAGUACCUAAAAUGUUUUAUUUUAAACAAAAAAGAGAAUUAUUUUUUUAACAAGUGUUCUCUAAUACAGGGAUGUUUGCCAGAGGGAAGACCUUUAGAAUCAUGCUGGGUACUCAUAACAAUAUGAAUAAUAGUGUGACAUAGAUGAAAACUGUAAAUAAGCAGAUUUUUUUUUUUUUUGUAGGUAAUAUUUGGCUAUUUUCAGGUUCUACUUUUUAUUUCUUUGCAAGUUAAAGGUAUAGUCAGUUGUUUUUGUCUAGUAAAUUUAGUGAUGUAUGUAGUCUGCCUUGAAAGUAACAAGGAUUGCUGAAUAUGCACAGAACAAUUGGUCGUAGAGCUUACUGGGGUGGUAAGUGAACAUCUGGAAGACCCUGCCAAGGAUGAUUUGGCAAAUUAAUUAGUACUGUAGGCAUAGCACCAGACAUGUCCAGUGCAGCUUACUACUCAGGGUGAAUAUAUGAUUUCUGAAAGAACAAAUAAUGCUCUUUCUUUAUGUCAGUCACUUAAGUGUAUUUAAUAGUAUUGAAUGGUGAUGCAGAGUAGUACUCAUUUGCUGUAAAUUAAAUCUUUAGUAACUAUAGAAGAGUAUUAUUGUUGGUUUGUCUGUGAAUCUGACACAUUUUCCAGGUAAUGAUUAAACAGAAAUACUUCAUUAGAAUUUUCAGUGUGAUUUCUGAAGUCUAAAACAUAAAAUAAUAGUGCUUAAUGCCUGCCAUUAGCACAAACUCAGACACCUAUAUGCAGAGUCAGGGAACAAUCAGGUAGAUGUUCUGCCUCUAAACUGGGAAAUAAAAUGUGUUCUCUCUGGCUUUUCUGUGCCUGCCUGAGGAGUAAUCUGAGUACACCUUAUACAGGCAUAAAAUAAUAGGCUCUACCAAGUGCUGAAACUACUAUAGGGAGUGAUGAUUAUAGAGUAUCUACAUUUGUAUGUAGUAAGUCUGAAACACUGCAAUUUGCAUAGUGUUCUGAACAAGAAACCUUUGGCUGCUAGAUGCUGUGAAAAGUAGGAAAGGACAAACAUGGAGAUUUCUUGAUAUUGAGAACAAUCUGCUACUUAAUUUCAGACUAACUUUCCACUGAGGUCUGUUUCUGGAAGAAGUAAUGCGAGUAAGAUUUCCUUGAAAGAAAAGGAAAAUAUAAUUACCUUUAUUCAUUUAAUAACCUUUUUGUGAAUUUGGUAACUUUCAGCCUAUUCUGUGAGGAUUGUGUGAAUUUGAGGUCUGAAAUGAUUAAAUAUUUCUUUCAAGAUAGCACUGAAGAGUACACUUAGUGGUUUCAACCAAAUCCUGUAAUUGAACAUUUGACCAAAUUGAGGCUCUCUACAAUAUUCAGUUUAGAAGUGAAAAGUAUAUCCGGGCCGUAUGCCCCUAAAGACUUGUUUUUCUAUUGAAUUCCCUCAUUCCUUGGUUGGGCAUACUGUUAUACAGAACAACCUAAGUAUGAAAACGACCAGUUUUCUACGAAAUCAUGGUCAGUAUUUAUUUUUUGGUCAUGCUGUUUGUCGCGGCGCCUUUAUUUCCCAGACAUUUUUCUGUUUAUUUGCAAUGCUCGACAACCUUCAGCUUUACUUUGCCACGUGACAAUGUGUUUAGUCUUGGUUAAAGCAUCCUGUAAAGCAGACAGCACUUGAGUAUGCUUUUUUUUCUGCUUGACUCUUCACAACAUUUAAAUAUUUGCAACAUUUAUAUAUUUGUUACAGUUUUGCAAUUCUCUUUUUGGUCACUGGCUGCUUAUAUUUUCCCUUACAGGGUAUCUGGUGCGUAAAUCGUAUGUUCUCUUUCUCUUUACAGUAUUCUUAAUUUUGCUGUUAGUACAUUUCUGGCCCUGAAAUUGCUCAGCCUGUAAAGAUUUCCAUUUUCAGCAUAAGGUGAUUAUGUGAUGAUACUAGAGUGUGAGGUGGAAGUGAUUCCUCUACUCCAGAGGAAAAUGCAGCCUUGGGUAAGUUAUGUAGGUUAUUAUGCUCUUUUGUCUGUAAGUAGAGAAUUGUUUGCUAUUUGUUUCACUACUCCAAUCUGGUGAAAGAAGAAAGACUUGGGUGACCUUAGCAGGAAGGGGGUUAGCAUGACUCUCCAAAACUGAGUGGUUCUUGAUAUUAGAGACUAUAGCAUUUAAAUCAUUAACUUGUCGCCUUCAACUUAGGUGAAUCAACCGUUCCUUCUAAUAGAGAAGCAGGAGGGGGGGGGAAACAGUGAAAAGCUAUGGUAUUUGUCAAGUUUUAGUUUCAUAGGCAAAAUAUUUUGUAUUAAGUUCCAUCUUAGUGGUGUGUACAGUAUGAUGGAAGGUAAGCUAACCAUAGAGUAACUGCCCUUUAGCAAGAAGGUUAUUCUAGUCUUGUCACAAAUUAGGUCUGUGUCUCUUCUGCACGUUGCCUGGCUUGGAGAUUCCAUUCAAAUGGCAGAAUGGAUGUUUGGAAAACAUUAAAUGGUGGAUCUGGAGAGGAACUCAAUUUGUAUUUCAGGCAAGAACUCUCAGUGAGACACUAAAUACCUCUUUUCCCAUGCUACUGAAUCUAAACCAGGUAAACUAUUAAAGGUUCAUCUUUGUGCAUCUGUUUUAUUUUGUAAUCCUUUUUUGUUAUUUUUGCAGAUAAUUUGGUUAGUAAAGUUAUCUCUUGGUUACUACAACACCCCACGAUACUGAAUGUAACAUCAUUAUAGAUUCAACAAGCAAAAACAAAGGAACAACAAAAACUCAUCUCCACAGAAUGAAAUAUCUUCAGUAUCUUUUUUUAAACUCUGUACUGGUGUGACUAAACUAAUUCAUAGUUCUAGUUUGUGUAUUACUUGACAUUUACUUGUCAUUUAUGCUGUUGCAUUAAGAAAGCUGUUGAGUGUGAAAGAUGUGUGAGGCAAAACACUAGAGAGUAGAAAAGCUGAGUUAUUGCUGAUACUUCUUUGGUGCGCACUAUCUGAGGCCUGAGAAAAGCAAAUUAAGUCAGCUUAUACUUAAAGUAUAAGGGAUUUAGAUUUAUAUCUUCACUGAAGUUUAAUGGGGAAUAUGUUUAAAUCCCCUGACGUUCUUUUCCCAUGGUCCCAUAAUCUGCUUUGAGAGAGACUGACACAAAAAUAACUUCAAAUACUAGAAAAAUCAGAUGUUUUUCUAUUUGUUUUGUAAUGUCAAUAAAAUAAUAUUACUUGCAUUGAAUGCAGGUGCAAAUGAGACUUGAAAAUAUAGGACUUGUUGACAUACAGAAUAUUGAUUUGACUUCUCAAGGAAUUAAUUCCUUUUUGAAAAUUAGACUAAACUGAUUUACCUGUUUUCAUCAUUCAGUUACUAGGCAUCUUGGGGAUAGAUAUUAGAUCUUUUCAUGGUGCACUUCAGAGAUUGUAUAUUGCCAUGGCACAUUGUUAACUUCUAUGAUAUGAGCAAGAUUUGUGAGUCUUUAAUUAAAAAGCUACUUGAACUUCUUUCUUAGCAUCCUGUGGAUGAAGUUUCUGUCUCUAAAUACAUGCUUAAUCUUGUUAUUCAUUAAUUUUUGCAUGCUUUACUGUUCAGUGAUCAUUAUUAUAUUCAAGUGGACUUCUUUUUUUCACAAAAUAUGAUUAAUACCAAGUAAACCUAAGGGUAAAAUUAUUAUAGAUGCUUUAUGGUGCCAAGAGACUUGACAGUAAGAACUGUAACCUGAGUUUGCAAGGUAAGAAAAUUGUUUCAGACAUCUAAGAAGGUAAGAAAAUUGUUUCAGACACCUAAGUACUUCUGAGUGAAACUCUGUAGCACUGAUAGGAGAUGCUGAAACCUGAACAAGGUACUUUUGUAAACAUCAGUGCUAGGUGUGUACCUGUAGAGCUGCAGAUGUCUCAGUAUCAAACUGUUUUCCAACUUAGCAGCCAUAGCUGGAAAACAUUCUUUGCUUAUGUGUCGGAUUUCUAGGCCUAUUCUAGCAUUUUUAUUAAUCUUUAAAGUGGAAAAACUUAGGAGAGUGGCUGAGUUCCUAAAGGUGGCUAAUCACUAAUCCAGUUAAGUUGUGAUGCUUUGCUUCAGUCUCAGGAUAGAGAAUGUAAAUGAGUAAACAAAGAGUCAUGACUGGCUCCAAGGUAAUUGUAAUGUAAUAAAAAGAGACACGGAAGAUUGUUGAAGCUAUGCUUUAUGCUUGGUUUACAUACUAAUUUUCAGAAGUAACCUUGGGAAGCAGAUCCUUUUUUUUAUCAGGGACGACUUUUUGAUAGAGUUCAUCUUAUAUAUCUUCUAAUGUCUUCUGGUAAAAAGAAAUAAAUAAAUAAAAUAGUAUCAAUAUAAAGAAAUGUGUAUGUGAAUAUAUAAUAAUUAUCUAUAAUAUAUACACCUUGAAAGAGUAAAAACAAUGUUUUCCCCAAGCAAGUGACUAGAUAGAGGGAUCAAUGCUUCUCUUGCUUGAGUAACUUCCCUAGGUGGCUCAUCUGUUGAUGUGAUGUACCUUCACAGUGGGGCCUUGCUCUCAUAUGGGAGCUGACUGCUUGCCUUUUCAUUAAGUUUUUUUUUUUUGUAUUUGGGUAUGGUGUUACAAGCAGUUAAUUGGGGAAAAAAUGUACUGAAAAGUUGGCUGUGGCCUAUCCAUACAUUCCUGUUUUUUUUUUUUUUUCUGUGGAUAAGACUUCUCUCUUUCUGGUUUUAUGAUUCAGCUGAAGAGCAUAUCUACCCAUAAGAGAAGAUCAAGGAGAUUUCAAUCAUAGUGGAGCCUACCAUACUGUCUUGGAAGUUAUUAACAUCUUGAAUUUCUUAACAUCCACGUGUCUUUCAAGCUUCAAUUUCAUUGUGGAGUAUGUGUGCAUGCGUAAUUAUGUAUUUUGUGUUUAUCAGCCCCAUCAAACUGUCAACAAUUUAAAAAUAAAAAUCUGGAACAUCAA